UUGGUGGGAAGGAGGAGAAGCCCUGGUGUCUGGGCAUGAGGAGCUUCUCAGAAAAUUAUUGCUUCCAGAGAGGCUUCGUCUGGACCUGGGGCAGUGUAGGACCAGUAUAAAAGCCAUCCCAGCUCUGCACUCUCUCACCCACUUCAUCGCCCUUCUUCUCCUUUGGAAGCAAGUGCACCUGCAGCCCCAAAAACAUGUCGUGCUGCCAGCCCUGCAACCCUUGCUGCCAGCCCUGCGGCCCGACCCCGCUGGCCAACAGCUGCAAUGAGUGCUGUGUCAGGCAGUGCCAGAGCUCCACCGUCGUCAUCGAACCCUCCCCCGUGGUGGUGACCCUGCCCGGGCCCAUCCUCAGCUCCUUCCCACAGAACACCGCCGUGGGAUCCUCCACCUCCGCUGCCGUUGGCAGCAUCCUCAGCUGUGACGGAGUGCCCAUCAACUCCGGGGGCUUUGACCUCUCCUGCAUCACCAACCGCUACUGCGGCAGAAUCUGCUGA